AUGACCUCCCACCUAGAAACAAUUGCCAAACUUCGCUCGGUAACGUCGAGCCCCUUUCCUCCCGAAUCAGAUCCUCUCCGCGGCCGCAAGAGGCACCGCAGCCUCACGAGAUGUGACCUAGAGGCCACUCAUUACGGCGGCACGGGCGAGUCCAGCACGCUCCGGGGUCGACCCCGUCGGCGAUCAACCUCGCCGACGCCGGUAUCGUCGAGAGCCUCUUCACGAGCCACCGCCGCCGCCGUCGCCGUCGGCAUGCCGAGCACGGAUGUGUCUCCCAUGAGGAAGCGUCUCCUCCGCGUCGUCCUGCUGGAGCGGCGACGAAGCCAGAGCCCCUCUCGGUCUAGGUCGCCUGACCGCCAGCAGGCCCCACCCCGACGCCGCCGACACAGGACUCGGAGCCGGAGCCGAACACAUACCAUAACCAAGGAAAUGUUCCAGCCCAAGGAUCAGCUGCCUCGGCUCUUGCUUGUUGAGCAGGCACACAAGAAGGUGGAUCAAUCCGUUGGAGUCUGA